GAACACUUGCCUGACUUCAGUCGAUGUCCAAUGAAUGAACGGGGUGUUGCAGAGUAGAGAGAGCACAGUAGCAUACCCUAAUAAAUCGAAGCACAACUUUAUCUCGAGCAAGACGAGUGCCAUCAUUCUCCCUGUCUCACGUCUCCUGUGUGCGUGAGUCUCUCUCCAGGGAACAAGGUAUCCAAAAUGACUAAGCGCAAAUCAAAGACUGCCGCCAACUUCAAGCCAGAGCGCGAGGACAACUCUUUCUUAAUAGAAUCCCAUCCAGUGUCCGAGUCGCGAGGAAGAGUAAAUCAAGUUGCGCUGCCAUGCAUGUUGUUCCUUAUGGUCGCGAUUGGAGGGGCAUCCGCGGGCUGGUUUUGCCUGCAACAGCAACAAUCCAUUGAUCAGCUAUCAGAAACGUUCAGGGCCAUGCAAAUAAGAAUCACCAAGUUUCAGCAACAGAUGGGGAUGAGAGAUGCACAGAUGAGCUCAGGAGGUCUGAUCGAGGAGAGGAUACUGGCUUUGGAGGCAGCUCAGAAACAGGCCCAGCAGAAGGCGGAGGUUACCCUGGCAGCAUCAGAGCAGUUGAAGAGCAUCGACCUCAAAUCCCAGUUGUGGGCACUCCACAACGAGAUGAACACCAGGCUGGCUGAGUUCCAGCAGGUAGCCAUCUCCUCCGCAGCCCUGCAGGCCAUGAUGAAGAACAAGAGCGACGACUUCGAUUCGGUCAAGGAGAGCGUGGCGGCCGUUUCGAGCUCCAACUCUGCGUUAGCAGUGGGCUUGGCGCGGAUGACCAGCACAGUGGACAAUGUCAAAUCCAGGCUGGACGGGCAGGUGUCUACGGUGGACGGCUUGACGUCACAGCUGGAGGGACAGGUCACUGAGCAGAGGGAACUGAGAGAGUUUCUGAGUCUUCACAGGGUAGAGCUUCAUAACAACCACCAGGAAGUGGGUGAAAUCAAGGAGUUGCUGGAGGAAUGGCAGGCCAAGAACGCCCAGGCUCUGGAGCAGCAGCUGCAGUUAGUGACCAGGACCCUGAAUGAGCAGCACAUCAGCUCCCAGAGCCUGCACUCCCACCUCAAGAAGCAGCCGGAGGCUGUUCACAGCCAGCUGGUGAAUGGUGGUCCACUCAGCCAAGAGGAAGUAGACUCCGAGGCGGCAGAGGCCUCAGAAAUGGCGGAACGGGAGCAUGAGGUAACAGAGGAAGAACCUGCUGAGGAGGAGGUAGAGGAGGACGUUACUGAGGAGGCAGUGGAACAGGAAGCUGAAGAGGAGGACGGUUGCUGAGGGGGAGUGGAACAG